AUGCCAUCGAUCGACGAAAACCACUUUCUCCAGUUUGUACCCAAAGAGGUACAGGCAGGACACGGCUCCCUGGAGGACGCCUUCUACCUGCCGGGCUUCCUCUGCAAAGAGCAGGACUCAUCUCUCUUUCAGCAACUUCAGAAGGAGCUCUCCUUUAAGCCUGCAUGGUUGGAGAAUGGCCUCCCCUUCUCGCGCCAACUCUGUGUGGCCUCGGAUCUGAACACCACGCCCACCUUGCACGCCAUCUUGGAACACCUGGCAGAGGUCCGUCGCCGGUCGCCGGUCGGGACAGGACACCAACCCCGCGAGUCCACGGUGCGUCAACUUCACGGUGUGGCCGUCGUGAUCUUCAUGUCUCUUCGGUGUGAGGAUCGUGGCGCAGUAUUUCGGCUGAAGGUCUUCCAAGAUCUUCUUUUGUUUAGGAUCCUCAUGUGCUUUGGCAAAGCUUUGGGCAGCUGCGGGUUUGGGCCAUCGACGUCCGACGUCAAGGAGUUCACGGUGCCAGAGAUCAAAGGACUUGAAGAGUGGAAGGAGACGAAGGUGACGACCCACCUGGAGCUGGAGUUCAAGAGAGAGCAAAGGCAGACGAAGCGGAGGGAUUGUGUGGUGCGCUUCUUAAAGAGACAUGACUUCUCCGAUGUGAACAAGCCCCGGAUCAAGCGCUUCUUCUCCAUGCCCUUUACGGAAAAGAAGGGCGUUUAUCCUCUCCACGUCGCUGCGAAGCUGGGGGAUCUGCAAAUGGUCCGUUUCCUCCUGCAAGCAGGCGCCGACCCAGAGAGGAAGACCCGACGGGGGCUCCUGGCCUCUGACUUUGUGGUGGAUGACGGCGAAGCUGAAGGGGACGCAGCGCAGAUUCUGGCACUGCUGUCCGGAGAGCUGAAGAUUCGCCCCUUGCGCAGUCUCCUUGAUGUGACCAACGAGGAUUACGACCCAUCGCAAACAGGCUCACAGAUCCUGAGAUGGUGA